UCUGCUUUAAAUGCUUAGAAGCCCUUUGUUUAUUUGGCGUUUGAUCAGAGGGGAGUCGUCGACGAUGACGCUGGUUGGAGGAAGGCGUUGCUCGUCGCUCUCGCUGGGAACCGACUAGAGGAACGGAAAAUGGCGGACCUCGAAGACGUUACGCUGGACGGGAGACCGCUCCAGUCCCUUCGAGUAGCGGACUUAAAAGCCGCCCUUGAGGAGAGGGGACUGUCGAAAAGCGGACAGAAGAAUGCUCUCAUUAAAAGACUCAAGGGGGCUCUCAUGCUGGAGAAUUUGCAGAGGACCUCCACUGCUCAUAUUGGACUGCAGCCAAACUCUCAGAUUGGUGAGGAAAUGAGUCAGAACAGCUUUAUCAAGCAGUAUCUGGCUAAGCAACAAGAGCUACUGAGGCAGCGUCUGGAGAGAGAGGCUCGCGAAGCAUAUGAAACAAAUGAGCAAGAAGACCACAAAGAAGUUAACAACACCACAUCAUGUCCUCCUCCAGCCCAGCAGGAUGUUGCACCACCAGUGGCUGAGCAGCACAAGCCACCUGGUCCCUCUGGUGGUGAGGCGUUUGGUGCAGUGAAUGAGGGGCAAGGCAACAGGAACCAGGAGGCUGACAUUUCCAGUCCACCUGCUUCUGGCUCAGUGGCCAUGCGCGUUCCUGGUGGUGAUCACCGGCCAGAGCGAGGCUCUGCAUCCAGUGAAGUCGCAGGUGACAGUGAUGAUGAAGAUAGCGAGGAUGGCGAAGAGGAUGGCGGCGAUGAUGACUGGGACAGCGGUGCUCGAAGGAGAAGCCUGAGAGAGCCAGCCAGAGUGCCCACAGCAAGGGAGAGGUCUGGUGCAUCCUGUCAACCUCAGCAACAGCACAUCCCUUCUCUUUUGUCUCCUCAGCUCCGCCAGCCAACACCUCCUCCCUCCCCACCUCCAGAGCUAUCGUUCCCCCUGCCUGACACCCCCAAACAGAGCCCACCUAGCCCAGAUGUGGCCGCAGCUAGGGGCUCACCCAGUACUUCCAGCUCUGGUUCCUCCAGUAGUGGCAGCCGCAGUAGCAGCCCAGAGCCUCAGAGGAGUGGACACGCCGAGCGCAAGCCUGGCCCGCUGACCCUUCUGGCACGUAAAAUGGAAUCAGAGGGUGCCUUCUCUGGAGCAGGUUGGCAUGGCGCAGAUGGGGAAGGCGAUAGGCAGGACGGCAGUUUGCCUUCAGCUACAUCGUUUCCUGGUAGAGGGCAUCCAGAGGGUGUGGUAUCUGCCAUCAUUCACACGGCCAACACUGCAGGCCACGUUCCAUUUCCCAUGAUCCCAGGCACCAACCAGGGUGUCACAGGAGCACAUUCGGCCCAUAUUCAAGUACCUGUGAGUGUGCUCAAGGCCACUGCAGCAGAAGAGAGGGAAAGAGAGAGGGAGUUAGAAAGAGAAAAGGCAGUUGAACUGGAAAGACAGGAGAAACUCAGAAAAGAGGCAGAGCGGGAAAGAGCCCUUGCACUGGAGAGAGAGGAAAGGGAGCGAGCUCUAGAAAGAGAGAGAAUUGAGCGACAGCAGGCCUUAGAAAGAGAAGAGAGAGAAAAGGCUUUGCAGCGUGAGCGGGAACUCGCUCUAGAACAAGAGAGGCAGGAGAGGGAAAGAGCGUUGGCUAAAGAAAGGGAAGAGCGAGAGCAAGCCUUAGCACGAGAGAGGGCCUUGGAGCUGGAGAGGCAGAAGGAGCUUGAGAGACAGAGGGCUCUGGAGCAAGAACGUCUGCAGAGAGAAAAAGAGGAGAGGGAAAGGCGUGAGAGAGAAGAAAUGGAAAGAGCCAGGGCUUUGGAGCGAGAACGGGUAGAGAGAGAAAGGGCUCUUGAGCAAGAGAGAUUAGAGAGGGAAAGAGCUCUGGAGGCUGAAAGAAAGGAGAAGGAGCGAAUUGAAAGAGAGAAGGCUCUGGAGCAGGAAAGGUUAGCGAGGGAGAAAGCAUUGGAGCAGGAGAGGAUAGAAAGAGAGCGGGCUUUGGAGCAAGAGAGAAUAGAGCGGGAGAAAGCAAUGAAGCUAGAGAGAGAGCGAAUAGAAAGAGAAAAAGCUCUAGAACAAGAAAGAUUGAUGAGAGAGAAGGCUCUCGAGCAAGAAAGGUUGGAAAGGGAGAAAGCCCUCGAACAAGAAAGACUAGAGGUAGAGAGGAAGGAAAAAGAGAGAAUUGAAAGAGAGAGAGCUCUGGAGCAAGAGAGGAUAGAGAGGGAAAAGGCCUUGGAACGAGAGAGGAAGGAGAAAGAGAAGGCAGAGAGAGAGGCAGCUCUAGAACAGGAGAGAUUAGAGAAGGAAAGAGCUGAGAAAGAAAAACUUGAAAGGGAGAAGGCACUAGAGCUAGAGAGACUUGAAAGGGCAAGAGCCAUGGAGGAAGAGAGAGCUUUGGUGCAAGAAAGGGAAAGGGCUCUUGAACGUGAAAGGUUAGAGAAAGAGAAAGCCUUGCAGAAAGAAAAGGAGGAUCAGGAGAGGGCACUGGAAGAGGAGAAAGAGAAAGCUAGGAUGGCUGAGAAGGAGAGUCACCUACCUCCUUCCAAACGUGGCCGCGAAGCUGGUCUCACUCCCCUGCCUCCUCCCUCCCUCUCCACAGGGCCACCUAGAAAAUCAUCGACAGAGGCAGGAGGGCAGGAAGAUGUCCAUGCUCCAGUGUCCCAGAGUGAAACCCAAUCAGCUGAGUCUGGUGCAUCCAUGUCACCAACGCCUCUGUCACCUCCCUCCUCAUUCAAGAAGUUCAGGUUCUUAAGGGACUCCCCACUUCAACCCCAAGCCUCAUCCACGACCAUGGUCAUCAAGCGACCACGUACAUUCUCAGAUAGUCCCCAGCCUCGGGUCUCACCUGUCUUCCCACCUAUCAGUGUUGUAGAACAGAAGCUUGAAGGGCACCAGCCCUCCACUGAACAGGAAGAUCCGCAGGUGCGUGUAAAUCAGGAGGUGUCUGCAGGAACCCAGUCGGAGAAGGAGGCUGUUGUUAGUCCUGCGCUGGGCCAAACUCCCAAAGGUGAACAGGCCACAAGGCAUGUGUCAGAGGACAAAGAACAUGCAGCUUCAGGAAAGAUUAAACAUGCUACAAAGGAGUCCACCAAAAAAGAUGAAGAAGUGCAAGAAAGCACUGGUUCUUCAAGCCCAGCGGAUGCUGCAGAGGGGAGGGGAAGAGAUGCAAAGAAAGAAGAGAGGAAAACAAGACGAAGAUCAUCGUCUGAUGAUUCCUCUUCCUCAGAAUCAGAUUCUGGGUCCUCAUCAUCUCAGUCCUCUGGCUCAUCCACAUCUUCGCAAGAGAAAACUGGCUCCACCUCCACAGAUAGAAGGGAAGGAAAGCCUGAAACACUUUCUGAAGGUUUUAAGGAAACCCUCAAAGCCUCCUCUCGCAAAAGAGAGAUGACUGUAGAGAAGAGUAGCACAGCUGCUGACGGAGACCGUCACGCCAAGGAAUUGUUCACUGAAGCACCCACCAGAGGAGAGACUACUAGAAAGCAGAAGGACACUGAGGGAGACGAGGAAAAGGACAAGCAAAGGCAGGUGAAAGAGGCUGCCAUGGCAGAUCCAGAGAAGCUUCCAGAGACCAGCGAGGAGACACCAAAGGCCUUCUCUGCUCGUAAGAUCUCCCUUAGCAGUAGUAAAUCAUCUCCUGGCACUGGCAGUGCAGAGGGUGAACAGGAUUCUGGGACUGUGGCCGGUCGCAAGAGGAGGUGGGGUUCCAGCACAGCUGUCACUGCCAAGAAACCAUCCAUCAGCAUCACCACAGAUUCACUUAAGUCUCUUAUCCCAGACAUCAAACCAAGUCUAGGCCAGGAGGCAGUUGUGGAUCUACAUCCAGAGGAAGCUGUCCUCUCUGGGGCUGAGGAUGAAGACAGGGAGCGCUCUGACCAGGAACUUCAGAUCCGACGCACCGUCACACAGGUUGUGCAUCCGGAAAGUCAAGAGAAUGGCCAGAAAGAGCCAAAGAGGAGCAGGCGUGAGGAGUUGGAGGAAGAAGAUCUACGGGGAGAUCGAGAAGGGGCAAAGGCCCAAGAAGAGGAAAUGGAGGCCUCUGUUCCUGAAGCUAUGGAAACCCAGUCACCAACACACACCAGCCAUGAUGUAGAAAUCAACACUGUGACCCCUAGCGACACCCUCAUACGUCGCUCCAUCAGCCAGCAGAAAACGGGUGUUUCUAUCACAAUUGAUGACCCCGUUCGCACAGCCCGGCAGCCCUCACCCCCCCGCGGCAAAGUCUCCAAUAUAGUUCACAUCUCCAACCUGGUCAGGCCAUUCACUCUGGGGCAGCUUAAGGAACUCCUCGGCAGAACUGGCACCCUGGUGGAGGAUGGCUUCUGGAUUGACAAAAUCAAAUCCCAUUGCUAUGUCACUUACUCAAGUUCAGAGGAGGCAGUUGCCACUCGAGCUGCUCUGCAUGGAGUGAAAUGGCCUCAGAGCAACCCAAAAGUCCUUAGUGUUGACUUCUGCCAGCAGGAUGAGUUGGACUUCCACAAAGGCUUGGGUGCAGCCACCAGACCCGGAGCGGAGGAACAGGUGCCUGCCCCCGGGCGUGGUCGAACGUUGGGCCUGCCCUCUCUCCUCCCCGAGCGAGACCAGUGGGCCGAGCGCGAGCGCGAGAUGGAGCGCAGGGAGCGGGCACGAGCAGAGCGGGAGUGGGAUCGCGACAAGGUCAGGGAGUUUGGCAAACCGGGAGAGGAGAAGGAGGGUCCCAGAAGGUCGCGCUCCCGAGAGAAACGACGCAAGGAGAGGGGAAAGAGCAAGGAGAAGAAGACAGAGAAGAAGGAGAAAACCGCUGAGGAUCCUCCAGCUAAGCUGCUUGAUGACUUGUUCCGCAAAACUAAAGCAGCUCCUUGCAUAUACUGGCUUCCACUUACAGAGGAACAGUUCGUUCAGCGAGAAGCUGCCAGAGCAGAACGUAAGAAAGAGCGUGAGAAACGGAGGAAGGAGCAAGAAGAAGAGGAGGAGGAGGAAGAGAAGAAAAAGGAAGAGGAACGCAAGGAGAGGAUGAAAGCCGGAGGCGGCACAACAGGAGACCGGAGUGAGGGUGACAAAGACAAGGACAGAGAAAGAGACAGAGAGAGGGAAAGAGAUCGAGCUAGAGACAGAGACAGGGACAGAGAGAGGGAAAGGGAGAGGGAGAACGACAAACGCAGGGAUGGCUACCGCAGGCCCGGGGGCAGCGGGGCAGGCGGCGGCCGGCGCUCACGUAGCCGCAGCGGACCACGAGAAAGGCGGCGCUAACGGCCAAUCGAGUGAUGGAACUGUCCUAGAGACCACCCUCUUCCAUUUGCCUUUCACUACAUGUACUUUGUUACAACUAAGAUCCAACAGAGGACCAACUGAUGUCGCUACCACCUCUCAAAUUGUCACCUUUUUUGAAGCACAUCUACACCUACCCACUGUCGUGCUUAAAGGGGACCAUGUUUUUGCAGUGUUGUUUCCCAGAGGGCUGUACGUCCCGCUCCUGUCAAGGUUUGAUAUAGUUUUCUUUAUGCGUUUGCCUUUCUUUUUUUUUUUUUUUUUGUCUUGACGGCGUAGCAGUAUGGCACACUGGGUGAUUUUAAUUAUGUACCCAAACGUCCCCCAUUUGCCCCAACGUGUAGGUGCCAAUUAUGAUUUGCAAUUAAUUGUCGUCUCCUCAGUGUUUAACAGCUCUGCAAUUUGGAUGAAGAAUCCUUUUGUUGCUGCAUGUAGUACGAGGCUACUCUUGCCAGUCCUGCCUAAAGAAGUCGUCUGCAGAGACUUGCAUAAAUCUGGAAAUAUUGGAAUUGGUGCGUUUGGCAUUUUGUACAGACAUAUAAAUACUCAAAAUCAAGUCUUUAAAUGAGGCAGCUCUGGGGUAUUUUUCAACAAGCGUGGAAUAACUACUAAGGCUGUGCAGUGUUCCUCUUCCUCUGUUAAGAGAUGAUACCAUGUGGGAAAGAAUCUGUGUCAGAUGUGACACAAGUUAUGAUUAUGUCUUUUUUGAUUCUUUCCCUCCCUCCUCCUCCUCCCCCUCCCCCUCCUCCAGUCCUCUUACCCUGUAGCACCAGUACAGGCCCAAGAGGGGAGGUUGCAUUAUGAGUUUUCUCACCAAUGGUUUUAAUAUUGUUUUUUAAUCGUUAUUUUAUCAUUUUAGUACAAAGAUUUGUUUUUUUUUGUUUUGUUUUGUUUUUUUUAUUUCUUCUUUGAGUACGCCUAUCAGUGGUGAAUGUACAAAUAAUAAAAAAUUGAAGUUUGAA